GAAAACACACGAAACGACAACACGACAGCACACGACAACACCUCCUUUGACCAGAGUAUUCACGACUUGUUUAAAUACUUUUAUCUUCCUGGCUGUUCCCCUCCUACCCUUUUCCCCCUGAAUUGAGACUCGAACAUCUUGCGCUCUGGUAUCUGCCACUACACACUCAUCAAUUCACCCAUCUUCUCUCCGGUAGCCUAAGCCGGAAUCACUAAUCCCCAAACCCCCUCCAAAUUUUUUUUCCUUUUCUUCCGCGAUAGAAGCAACCUCCCACCACCGCCGCUACCAACAAAAAAACAGAGGAUUCACGCAUCCACAUACCUCACUCCAAGCACUUUAUGAACAAAAUGGACGAAAUCCUCUUCCACGUCAUGAACAUCGCGCACAGCGCCACCAGCUACACAACAAUGCUCAAGACCCACAUGAUCAGUCCCCUAAAACAGUACGCCGCCUCGCAGCCAGACCUGAUGAACAUCGCCCUCCUCCUCGUGAUCGUCUACCUCUCGCUUUCGAUCCUUGGCAUGGCUAGUCGCUGGAUCUACUCGGUCGUCAUCACCACUCUGCGCCUGCUCCUUUUUGUCGUCGUGAUCGGUGGCGGGAUAUGGGUGUGGCAGCGCGGGCCGCAAAAGUCCCAGAGCGAUUUUCUCAAGGUCGUGGAGGUGGUCAGCGAGGGUGUUAGUGCUGCCGCGGCCGGGAAGGGGCCAGGCGGUGGGCCAGGCGGAAUGGGAGGCGCUGGAGCCGGAUUUGAGAGGCAGAGAUACGAGUAUUAGAGGUUACUCUUCGGUGAUCCCGAUGGGAAUUGGAAGGCGGUUAUAGAGGGUGGGGUAGCUUUGUUUUUCUUAUUUUUAUUUUUCUACUAUGCUAGCGCUGAUGAUGAUUACGACGAUGACUUGCUGAGCUCCUACUCACGGGUGAAUUGGAUGGAUGGAUGGAUGGAUGAGUGAGUGUGAGCAGGCAGGUGGGCAUGUAUUCUUUUGCCUUGAUAUAUCAUAGUUUUUUUUUUUCUCCCUCCCUUCCACGUCAACUUGUCGUUGUCCUUGAUACUUCUUUCCUUCCUUCCUUUCUCACCAGACCUACUUAAUACCGAAAGCCGGUAGCGCCGUCUUUUACUCUUCAUUCAAUCGUUCACUCUCGUUAGCUGUAUUGUUUCUUCGCCCUCGCUCCAAUCACGUUUCAUUUGCCCCCAUCCAGAGAGAAAAUAUGUACUGUACUCCAAUCCCUAGCUGUCAAAAUAAAGUUUCUCCAUAGAA